ACAACUCCAAUUGACUUGCACCAGAGCAGGCGGAAGCUGAAAAAGCUUGCAUUUCACUCAAGAUGCAUCUCGUACCCAAGGAGCUGGACAAGCUCGUUAUCUCGCAGCUGGGGCUCCUUGCCCAGAGACGGCUUGCUCGAGGCGUGAAGCUCAAUCAUUCGGAGGCAGUUGCUCUUAUCGCCAACAAUCUCCAAGAGCUGAUCCGCGAUGGCAACCACACAGUUGCAGACCUGAUGUCGAUCGGGGCGACGAUGCUCGGCCGGCGACACGUCCUCCCUUCCGUCUGCUCAACCUUCACUGAACUCAUGGUCGAAGGCACAUUCCCAACCGGCACAUACCUCGUCACGGUCCACCAUCCCAUCAGCACCGACGAUGGCGAUCUCGCGAAAGCCCUGUAUGGCAGCUUCCUCCCGAUUCCCGACCAGAGCCUUUUCCCCCUGCCAAAAGAGGAGGAAUAUGAGGCAACCAAAAUGCCCGGAGCGGUCGUCUGCGUGAAGGGGAAGGUAACCUUGAAUAAGGGGAGGAAGAGGAUAAGGCUGAGGGUUACUAGCAAGGGGGAUCGGCCAAUCCAGAUUGGUUCACAUUACCAUUUUAUCGAAACAAAUCCCCAGCUCGAAUUCGAUCGUAUCAAGGCGUAUGGCUAUCGUCUUGAUAUCCCAGCGGGCACGUCGGUUCGUUUCGAGCCAGGAGAUACAAAGACAGUCACGUUGGUUGAAAUUGGCGGGAAUAAGGUUAUCCACGGCGGCAAUAAUCUAGCUACUGGAAAGGUGGAUCUGUCUCGUGCGGAUGAGCUCGUGGCUAAGCUUCAGCAAGCAGGGUUUGCGCAUACUCCAGAACCGCUGGGAGAUGCGGGACAUAUCAGCAUGUUUGAGAUAGACAGAACUGCGUAUUCAGUGAUGUUUGGUCCUACGGUUGGUGAUAAGGUCAGGUUGGGAUUUACAGAUCUCUGGAUCAAGGUCGAGAAAGACCUGACCUCGUAUGGAGAUGAAUGCAAAUUUGGCGGUGGAAAGACUUUAAGAGAGGGAAUGGGUCAAGCUUCCGGGGUUUCAGAUGAGGUUUCUUUGGACUUAGCGAUCGUAAAUGCGUUGAUUGUGGAUUGGAGCGGUAUCUACAAGGCUGAUAUUGGGGUCAAGAAUGGCGUUAUUGUUGGUAUUGGGAAAGCCGGAAACCCGGACGUGAUGGAUGGUGUCAGUCCAAACAUGAUCAUCGGAUCGUGUACGGAUGUUAUCGCUGGGGAGGGCAAGAUCAUUACUGCAGGAGGCUUUGAUACCCAUAUCCACUUCAUCUGUCCUCAGCAAGCGAACGAGGCGAUUUCUUCUGGCAUCACUACACUCCUUGGAGGCGGUACAGGUCCUAGUGCCGGCACGAAUGCAACCACUUGUACUCCAGGCAAGAACUAUAUGCGGCAAAUGCUUCAAGCCUGCGAUAGCCUACCAGUGAACGUUGGGAUAACGGGUAAAGGAAACGACAGUUCUCCUACAGGCCUUCGUGAGCAGAUCAUGGCUGGGGCCUGUGGUAUGAAGCUUCACGAAGAUUGGGGAUCUACACCAUCCGCUAUCGAUACCUGUCUUACUGUCUGCGAUGAAUUGGACGUCCAAGUCCUCAUUCAUACUGAUACCCUCAACGAGUCCGGCUUCGUUGAAUCCACUAUCGCUGCUUUCAAGGACCGGGCAAUCCACACCUACCACACCGAAGGCGCUGGAGGUGGCCAUGCCCCAGAUAUCAUCAGCGUGGUUGAGCAUCCCAAUGUCCUCCCCUCCUCUACAAAUCCAACAAGACCAUAUACCCGAAACACCCUAGACGAGCAUCUCGAUAUGCUGAUGGUGUGUCACCAUCUCUCCAAGAACAUCCCUGAAGAUGUAGCAUUCGCCGAAUCUCGUAUUCGCGCAGAGACCAUCGCCGCCGAAGAUGUCUUGCACGACCUUGGAGCUAUUAGCAUGAUGUCCUCAGAUUCACAGGCUAUGGGCCGUUGCGGCGAAGUAAUCCUCCGGACAUGGAACACGGCACAUAAGAAUAAGGUCCAGCGCGGACCCCUGAAGGAAGAUGAAGGUACCGGAGCGGAUAACUUCAGAGUGAAGAGGUAUGUAAGCAAAUACACUAUCAACCCAGCGAUUGCACAAGGCAUGAGCCAUGUGAUUGGAAGCGUGGAGGUAGGCAAGUUAGCGGACUUGGUGAUAUGGGAUCCAGCAUGGUUUGGAACCAAGCCCAUGACCGUGAUCAAGAGCGGUUUGAUCUCGUAUGCCCAAAUGGGCGACCCCAACGGCUCCAUCCCCACCAUCGAACCCAUCAUCUCACGCCCCAUGUUCGCGCCUCUGGUCCCCUCAACCUCCGUCCUCUUCGUCUCCGAAGCCUCCAUCACCAGCGGCGCGAUUGCCUCCUACGGUCUGAAGAAGCGAGUCGCAGCCGUCAAGAACUGCCGGAAGAUCGGCAAGAAGGAUAUGAAAUUCAACGACGUGAUGCCGAAGAUGAAGGUCGACCCGGAGAAUUAUAGGGUCGAGGCUGAUGGCGUCCAUGCUACGUGUGAGGCGGCGACCAGUCUCCCGCUCACCCAGGUUGCGUAUGUUUACUGAUUGGAAAAAUGGGGGAGUUGGAAGGGGAAUGAAUACCUGUUUGAUAUCCGAGAUUUACUGUUACUCUAUUUUUAUGAAUCUAUGAUCAUAUCC